GGGAUCUGGGUCGCGGACUAGUCCGUCAGAUCCGGCACCUCCUCUCCUCGUCUCGACGCGCGCGAGAGAGACAGGGGAAGAAAGCCCAAAACCCUAGUCCCCAUCGCCGGCGGCGAGAUGGCCGUCAACGAGGAGACGUCCGUCUACGUCGGCGGCCUGCCCUACGAAGCCGACGAGGAUAUGCUCCGCAACUACUUUGGGCCCUGCGGCACCAUCGUCUCCGUCAAGGUGAUAAAUGAUCAGAGAGUCAGGGGCAAGUGCUAUGGGUUUGUUACUUACACUCAACAUAGGGCUGCUCAGCGUGCUAUCUUGGAAAUGGAUGGCAAGCAAAUAGGUAAUCGUGCUGUGAGAGUAAAUGAAGUGCGUACAAGAGGCAACACCCGUGAUUUUGGGCGUGAUGGCUUCCGACGAGAUCCUGUAAGAGAUGGAAGGGAUGUAUACUGGGACCGAAGGGAUAGGGAGAGGAGUUAUGAUCGUCACCGGGAUAGAGAUCCGUACCAUGACAGGGAUAGCGAUAGACCUCGUGACCAUGAUAGAGACAGAUAUGAUGAACGUGGGGGAUUUGAUCAUGAGAUGGACUAUUCCAUGGAUCGAGAUCAUGAAGGAGAUGAGAGGCGCGCUAGAGACCUUUAUCGAGGAGACCAUGAUCGUCCAAUGGAGACGCGUAUGGAUUCCGAUAAUGACAGGGAGAAGGAAAAUUCAAAAGGCUAUGAUAGUGAAAGAGAUAAAGAAGACAAGGAACAGCCACCAAGGAAAAGGUUCAGCCGUCCAAAAGGUCGUGAGAGCAGAGAGAUAUCAAGUUCCAGUGAUGAGCUUCAUAAUGAUGCAAAACAUCAGCUGGACAAGGCUAUUCAGAUGCAUGAAGACCUUGAAAAUGAGGUUUCUCAGAUCAAAGAUAAAGUUACAAGCAAAGAUCACCACAUUGCAGAUUUGCAAAAGAAAUUUCAGAAACUGGAGGAUGAAUUGGCUGCUGCGCGGAAAGUUUCUUCAGAGCGACAAUUGACUGUCACAAAGCUGUACAAAAGUUUUCUUCAACUUCAAGACUACAAUGACAGGGCCAAGACCGCAGAAGAGGAUCUCAAGGCUCUUGUUGAUUCUGCGAUGGCUGAGGUCGACAUGGCUGAAGACGCUACAACCAAAGACGGUUCGGGGUAUGAGAACGGCACGGUCUGAAUCUCAAAGCAAAAAUGAAAUCACUUCUCACGGUGCUGAUUUCGGAGAAUUAUUACUUACCAUGUAGUAGAACCGUAACCAGUAAGUAGCUCAUGCAGGUGAAGUCUAGGAAACCAUGUUCCUUCGCACAUUGAUUAGUGCCGUACAGACCUUUUUGUCGCAGACUUCCCCGUUUGUAAUGUAAGCUGCCCGCAGUAUAUCAACCAGCGCAAUUCCAGUAUUUAAGCUCUCUUCGUUGGCCGGCCAUAACUUUUGUGGUCGCUCAGGAUUUGUGGCGAAAACGCGAAGUAUUAGUAAUUUCCUUAUUUGCCUUA